CUCCCCCUCUCCCUGGCCUGGCGUGGCUUUAAUAUUUACAGCCUCCUUGUCGGGCUACAUGCCUGAGCGCCCGAAGCAAGCAAAACACUGCUUGCCUCUCCCUCCCCGGUGUUGGGGAGCUGUUUCAUCCAGCUUCAUUCCUUCCUUCUACAUCACGCGGGAGGCUUGCCUCCUGGCCGGGACGAGUUCUUCCUGAGCGGACUGUGGAAUCCGUUCACUUCGCCAACACAGAAGGAUGGAUUCUGACUCCGACUCACCUUUUAACUACUCCUGGCCUUCCUUUCCCAAAAUGAAGAUUCGCCGAAGGGCAUCCAAGCAAGAUCGCUCCUUUGAGGCCCUCAAAGCAUCCAAGCGCCCCCCAGCAUUGCUGGCUGCAGGCCAGCUCUCCGACCUGCUGAAUGGAGGAGAUGAAAUCUAUGCCAACUGUAUGGUGAUUGAUCCGGUUGGCGAUUUGGAUAUCAACUAUAUUAAUAUAGAGGGCAUCCCCGCCAGCACCAGUGCUGAACCCAUGGGUUCCACUCUGGGAUCUGAGAACCACAUGUACCUCCCUCCUACAGAAACCAGCCCUGGUAUGUUCCCAGGCAGGGAGGACAGGGAAGUGGUGGGAAAUACUGAAGCCCAGUGGCCCUUUACAUCACCAUCCAGUUCAUACAAUUUGAAUCUUUCUUUAGGUCUUCAUGGACUCAAGAAAGAACAAAGCCAUCUGAAGAAAAGAAGUUCCAGCCUGGACGCCUUGGAUGUCGAGAGCGUGGGGGCCGGGCAUUCUGAGCACACACACGUGUGCUACCCUCCCGAGCCUCACGGUGCCUCAAGGACCGGGGUUCCUGCUGCCGAUGAAUUGGAUUCUUUUGAGAACGACACAAUACCAGAUUUUCAUAUCUCCAGGACUGAAUCGCUUUCUCUCUCAAGUAAUCUGCAGCCAAAGGAAUCACUGCUUUCUGGAAUCCGCUCACGUUCUUAUUCCUGCUCGUCAACCAAAAUUUCUUUAGGAAAAACUCGGUUGGUGCGUGACUUCACAGUGUGCAGUUCAAGCGAGGAGCAAAGAGCUUACGGCCUAUCGGAGCCACCAAGAGACAAAAGAAUUCAGGAAGAAGAAUGGGAUAAAUACAUCAUACCUACCAAAUCGGAGUCUGAAAAAUACAAAGUGAGCCGGACUUUCAGCUUCCUCAUGAAUAGGAUGACUAGUCCUCGGAAUAAAUCCAAGAUGAAAAGCAAGGAUGCUAAAGACAAAGAGAAACUCAGUCGACAUCAGUUUGUCUCAGGAACAUUCGCUGGUGUUCUGCAAUGUUCAGCUUGUGAUAAAACCGUCUUGGGAAAAGAGUCAUUCCAGUGUUCCAACUGCAACACGAGUGUCCACAAGGGCUGCAGAGAUGCCGCACCCCCGUGUCCCAAGAAAUUCCAAGAGAAAUACAACAAGAACAAACCACAGACCAUCCUUGGAAACUCCUCGUUUAGAGACGCUCCACAGCCGGGUCUCUCCUUGCAUACUUCUUCCUCCAUGCCCAUUGGAUUGCCCACGGGAAGGAAGGACAGUGCGGGCCAGGUGCAUCCAUUGUCCAGAAGUGUCCCGGGCCCCACCUUGGAAAGCUUCCGGAGGUCAGUGACAUCCUUGGAGUCAGAGAGUGACAGCAGCAACUGGAGAAGCAGGUCGCACUCCGAUGAGGUGCUGCAGUCCGUGGGCUCUUCUCCCUCCACGGAGUGUUUCAUCAUGGAAGAUGUCGUGGAUUCUUCUCUAUGGAGUGACCUCAGCAGUGAUGCCCAGGAGUUUGAAGCAGAAUCGUGGAGUCUUGCGGUGGAUCCCUUGUUCUGUAGUCAACAGGAAAAGGAUGUCAUCAAAAGACAGGAUGUCAUUUUUGAGCUGAUGCAAACGGAAAUGCAUCACAUCCAGACCCUGUGCAUCAUGUCUGAGGUCUUCAGGAAGGGCAUGAAGGAGGAGCUGCAGCUGGACCACAGCACCGUGGACAAGAUCUUCCCCUGCUUGGAUGAGCUGCUUGAGAUCCACCGGCACUUCUUCUACAGUAUGAAGGAGCGAAGGCAGGAGUCCUGUGCUGGCAAUGAAAAGAAUUUUAUCAUCAGCCGAAUUGGAGAUAUUCUGGUGCAACAGUUUUCAGAAGAGAACGCAAGCAAAAUGAAGAAAAUAUAUGGAGAAUUCUGUAGCCAUCACAAAGAGGCCGUUAGCCUCUUCAAAGAGCUCCAGCAGAAUAAGAAGUUUCAGAAUUUUAUUAAGCUGUGGAACAGUAACCUGCUGGCUCGACGCCGCGGAGUUCCAGAAUGCAUUCUGCUGGUUACUCAGCGCAUCACCAAGUACCCUGUGUUGGUGGAAAGGAUUCUGCAGUACACAAAGGAAAGGACUGAAGAACACAGAGACCUGUGCAGAGCUCUGUCCUUGAUUAAAGACAUGCUGGCAGCUGUGGACCUGAAAGUCAACGAGUAUGAGAAAAACCAAAAGUGGCUGGAGAUCCUCAGUAAGAUUGAAAACAAAACAUGCACGAAGCUCAAGAAUGGCGAUGUGUUCAGGAAGCAGGCGUUGGUGAGCCAAGAAAGGACCCUCUUGCACGACGGCCUCGUGUACUGGAAGACCGCCACCGGCCGCUUCAAAGAUAUCCUGGCUCUCCUUCUGACUGAUGUGCUGCUCUUUCUACAAGAAAAAGACCAGAAAUACAUCUUUGCAGCUGUUGAUCAGAAGCCAUCCGUUAUUUCGCUGCAGAAGCUAAUUGCUAGAGAAGUUGCCAAUGAGGAGCGAGGCAUGUUUCUGAUCAGCGCGUCAUCUGCUGGUCCCGAGAUGUACGAGAUCCACACCGCUUCCAAGGAGGAACGGAAUAACUGGAUGAGGCGGAUCCAGCAGGCAGUGGAAAGUUGCCCAGAAGAAGAGGGAGGAAGGACAAGCGAAUCCGACGAAGAGAGGCGGAGAGCUGAAGCCAGAGUGGCCAGAAUUCAGCAGUGUCAGGAAAUACUCAGCAGCCAAGACCAGCAGAUUUGCACGUAUUUGGAGGAGAAGCUGCACAUCUACGCCGAACUUGGAGAAUUGAGUGGAUUGGAGGAUGUGCACCUGGAACCCCACCUCCUCAUUAAACCCGACCCGGGAGAGCCUCCGCAGGCAGCGUCCUUACUGGCAGCAGCACUGAAAGAAGCUGAGAGCCUGCAGGUUGCGGUGAAAGCGUCGCAGGUGGGAGAGGCCAGUCAGCGCUCCGAGGACAGCUGUGCAGACUCUGCCUGGACAGACGCACCUGGCUCCCAGGAGCUGCCGGGGUCACCUGCUGCCUCGCUUGGCCCAGAGGGGGCAGAAGGAAGAGGCUGUUGGGAUGAGGACGGCGGGACCCAGGGUGUGGGAACUGGCCAGGAGAUCCCCGAUGCGGUGGAGAAGGUGGAAUGCAGAAGUUUUCCAGGUUCUUCGCAGUCAGAGAUUCUGCAAGCCAUACAGAAUUUAACGCGUCUCCUGUAUAGCCUUCAGGCUGCCUUGACCAUUCAGGACAGCCACAUCGAGAUCCACAAGCUGGUCCUGCAGCAGCAGGAGAGCCUGGCCCAGGGCCUCUCGUUCCGAGGCAGCCCCUUUCCGGACCAGGAGAAGGCCCGCAGCCUGGAGAAGCCGCGCGAGGCGCUGGACGUCCACAAGCUCCAGCACCAGUUCCAGCAGGAGCAGCGGCGCUGGCACCGCAGGUGCGACCAGCAGCAGCGGGAGCAGGAGGCCAAGGAGAGCCUGCUGCAGGCACGCGAGCGGGAGUGCCAGUCCCAGGAGGAGCUGCUGCUGCGGAACCGGGGCGAGCUGGACCACCAGCUGCAGGAGUACCAGCAGAACCUGGAGCGGCUGCGUGAGGGCCAGCGCAUGGUGGAGCGGGAGCGGGAACAGGUGCGCGCCCAGCAGGGCCUGCUGUGCCGCUGGAAACACGGCCGCCAGAGGAGCCUGCCCGUCGCCUUUCCUGCUGGGGACAAGGAGGCAAUGGAACUUAACAGAUCUGAGAGUUUAUGCCAUGAGGGCUCGUUCUUCAUCAAUGACGCAUUAGUGCAAAUGUCCCUGAACACUUUCAACAAAGGAGCCCAUCAGGAUGGCACGCACCCCCCAAGUCUGUCACAUGCUGAUUUGGUCAGGACUUGUGAAAACCAAGUGGACCGUAGGACAGAUGAUCCUCCGCCUGUGGAUGUCAACCAUGAACUGCGGACAGUCCCCGGGGCCUGUCAUCAGGAGCCUCCUCUCCAGGAAGGCAGCCAGGAGUCUUGUAACAAUGAUCUAGACACGUCCCAGGGUGAGUCCUCAGCACCGGACAUCUCCAAUCCACAUCACCCUCAGCCACAGACCUUCGCAGCAGAAGCAAAGCUCGAUCUCCAGACAGUGACCAGACAAGAUGGGGAAACUGGAGAUGCAGUAGAAGAAAAUAUUGUUUACCUCUGAUUGCAUUGUCAUUAUUUUUUCAAACAAAACAAAACACUGGCACUUUUGGGAGAAACAUUUUUUUCCUAUACUUUAUGUAUGUGUGAUUGUGUCCAAAUUGCUUUGAGAAAAAUAUUUAAUAUUUCAUGCAAGUUCAUUUUUUGGCAUGCAUCUAAUAAUUAAAUUAUUGAAAGCAGCUCUGUUUGUAUCAUCUUUAACUUAUCACAUCUAAGUUCAAAUUUCUGGAAGAGAAACAUAAUUUGAAUGAGAAGAACUAUUCCAAAAGUUGUUUUGGCCCUACAGUAAAAUUGCGUUUUUCUCCAGGUUGUCUGGGUGUUGAAAUGCCUUAAAGGGCAAUGUUCAUAAGGGAUGACUUUCACAGGCACAGCAGAGGGGCCUCAGUGCCUGCCCUGGCAGGGGGAUGUGGGAGAGGCCCUCUCUCAGUUGGCUUUCAUGUGCUGAUGUCUCUUGGGGGCAUCAAAGGUGUAGAUCUGUCAUGGUCAGCAUUGAGGCAACACGUCCUUCCUGGGCAGCGUCCCGGACACAAUCUGGACACAUGGAGGGCCCGAGCCUCAUGCUCUGCCGUCACCUUUGUGCUCCAUGUGCGGCAGGGAUUCAAGCCACGGUUCAGCAGCAGCGGCUUUCAGCACAGCCUGGAGCCUAGAGCCCCCCAGCUAGCCCCUUCUGAUGUAAAUAAUGAAACUGCACAGGAGCCCUCACUCCUGUCCUCAUGCUCUGUCCCUGCCCCGUGAGCACCUGGAGCACCGAUGGCUACCAGUCCCUGAGGGCGCCCCAAGGAGGAGCCCUUCCUCUCUGGGCAGCUCCUGCCUGGCCAGCCUCUCCUCAUCCUGGAAAGCUGGCCCAUCCUGCUGCCCCUGAGUCCCCUGGGUUUCUGUGCGGGGAAAUGACCUGGGUGAGUUCCCUCUUGUUGUUCAGAGAUGUUUGUGUAUGUUCCAGUCAUUGUCAAUAAAUAGCUUUGACCUCA